UCACUAAACGUUUCUAAAAAUGGCCUUUCACAAACCCGUCUACAAGAGUAUAUUGGAUUCUAAUUGGUGAGCACUGUUGCCUUUCGGCCAAUCGACAGACGUUUUGUUUGACAGUCGUUCACGUUAUUUUCUGUGGAACGCGUGUUCAAGGUUUCCUGUUCUGCAAUAUACAGUUGUGGCACAAUGGGUGUAUUGUCCACACUGAUAAGGGGCCUUACAAGGGGAGCAGACAGAAUGUCGGAAUUCACCAGCAAGCGAGGUUCAAGGACUCACAAUAAAGGGAGAGGUUCAAGACCCGCCGGAGUGAAUCUCCCCAGCAGAAAGUUUCUGGCGAUAAAGGCCAUGAUUCCGGAGUUUGUGGUACCGAAUCUGGACGGCUUUAAACUCAAACCGUACGUAUCGUACCGCUCCCCGAAGGGAAUCGAGCCUCCGCUGACCGCAGAGCGUCUGUUUGCCGAGGUGGUGGCUCCUCGUAUCGAGAAAGACUUCAUUGAAGGGGUUUAUGACAAAGAGCAACUGAAGAAAUACGGAUUUGAACCCACACAGGAGGGGAAGUUGUUUAAAUUGUAUCCCAAGAACUAUGUGCGUUAAAGUCAACUUAAUAUCCGUGAUAGAGCUAUUUGCAAAGGACGUCGACUGGUGACUGUGGACGGAGACCAUUUACAGUGACCCCACGCUGCAAGUGGGACUUGAUACUUUGUUACAGUAUAAUAUUGCCUUCCUAAUGAAGUAGAGUAAAAGCAAACUGAAUGAAGCCUGCAUUCAGUACUCGAUGAGUGUCCGUCCUUGCGUGCGUCAUUUUCUCUGUACUUAAACUUGCCAAUUCAUGUCAUCCUGAAAUGACAAACAAUUUGUAAGAGUUCAAGUUACAGGAUAUGACAUCAACUCUUGAGUGAGCUGGAGAUGCGGGGUACAUAACCAGCAAUUAAAGCUUCCUUGGAAACAUCA